AUAACAAGCAUCUUUGUUCGAUCAAGGUUAGGUUAGGAUAUACUCUGGAAAUACAUAUCAGAGAUACGAACUGCCCGAGAGGCACCGAAAACUGGCGCCAAAGUACGGAGGACCGAGUAAACAGUGCAGCUUGUUCGUGGAUCGUGUCCAGCAUGAGCAAAGUCCAGCUCCACGACCACUCCGCCUCAUACCACGCCAUCACCACCAAGUCGCCCCAAGGCCUCCAAUGCCUCAAGAGGCUGUUCCUCGAAUACGACAACGCCAACCCGAGCCGCGCCAAUCUCAACAGUCUCUUCUCCCGAGACUUCACAGACAAUGAGAACGAGUCGGAGCGGAACAUCGGGAGGGAUGAAGCUAUCGAGGCCAUCAUUUCCACCCGGGCAAAGUGCUCGCGGCAUCAAAUCGACCUGAAACGCGCAACGUGCCUCGUCAACUCCGGGUCAAGCCAUACCGUCUUCUUUGAGGGCGUGAGGUUUAUGAUGUUUGCGGCUACCCCAGACGGAAGUGAUGCAGAGCUGCCGGUAGUCGAAGACAGAAGCAAUUGGACGAGGGUCCCCUUCUCCGGCAGGAUGGACGUGAGAGUCAAGGAGAACAAGUUCUCGCUCAAGGAAGCCGUGGCCGAGAUCGUCAGCAGGAGGGUCACGUCCGACAACAGCGUCUUGGUCAAAAGGGACUUGAUGGCCAGGACAAACUCGAUACCGUUCGGUAGCCCAGCCGAAUCGCCGCUGGCCAGAUUGCAGUCUACGAGUACCAGCCAGGUUGGUCUUCCCGCGAAUGUGUCCGAGUUGCCAGCAGUGAUUUCUGCGCCCUUGGGCGAUACCAAGUCUCUUCCUGCAUACCCUUCCUCGGCCACAGGGACGCCGACUGUUACUUCGGGAAGCUCAGUCGAUGGGGAUCAAUUGAUGAAGCGUUGAGAACCAUGGGGUUUCUGAGCAUAGCAGAGCCCCAGCGAUCAUUCACACCAUCGGCCAGCAAGGCGUCAAGGAUCCUAGUCAUGGGUAGCUCAAGGUAGCGUUGAGCUGGCGUCGAAGUUGCUUUAGGCCGCUUCUGUGUUCCUCAUGGUGGUGAUACAGUCUUUGGUAGGGGAGCUGCCCUUCCCAGCCCACCUC